ACCCGCAUUUCCGUACGUACUCACGCACACGUAGCGUCAUUCAUUGCGGGGGCAUAGGUAACCUUGAAAAGCCCACCCUCGAAGCACUACUGCUUUGGUCCGCUGAGUCCGCUAGAGUUUGCUUCAGUCUGCAGCCGUGACCGCGACGUUCGUGAUCGGUGCUAGUGAUCAUAUACCUGAGACGUUCAAACAAGGUGCAAAGUACUGUCGACAGGAUUAUCGUAACGAUUAUCCGCGACGCGAUAAAAAACGCGCUAGGAAAAUCGUGUCUGAGACGCCGCGAGAUGUGUCGUUGAUUGCCGUUGAAAUGUCACUGUGAGAAAAUCGUGAUUUACAAUCGAGCAAACGUUCACCGAGUCGCGUCGUGUUCGUGCGACAGGUUAUAGGUUAUAUAUAUAUACACAUAUACAUAUAUGUAUAUAUGACAGUCACUGAUGUCUCUCCGGCACGAAACGAGGAUGUCGUCUACGAAGAAUUGAGCGGCGAAUGUCGUCGCCGUCGUCCUUUGUGAUAGCUAUCGGUGCUAAAGCAGCAUGGUGCAGCGCGCGGUUGCUCCUCGGCGCAAUGUCCGGAUACUGUUGAUCGGCGAACGUGGCGUCGGCAAGACCUCCCUGAUACUGUCAUUGGUGAGUGAGGAAUACGCCGAGGAUGUACCUAGCAAAGCCGAGGAGAUCACGAUACCGGCGGAUGUUACACCGGAGCAGGUGCCGACGCACAUAGUCGAUUACUCAGCGGCUGAACAAACGGACGAUCAACUGGCAGAAGAGAUUCAAAAGGCCCAUGUAAUAUGCGUUGUCUAUUCUGUGGAUGAUGAAGACACCUUAGAUAGAGCCGCCAGCUAUUGGCUACCAUUGAUCAGAAGGUGCUCAUCUGAUAAUCGAUGUCCAGUCGUACUUGUAGGCAAUAAGAUCGACCUUGUGGAUUAUUCUACUAUUGAGGCUGUCUAUCCUAUUAUGAAGGAGUUUACAGAGAUUGAAAGUUGCAUAGAGUGCUCAGCAAAGACACUUCAAAAUGUUUCUGAGACAUUUUAUUAUGCACAAAAGGCGGUUUUACAUCCCACCACACCUUUGUACAAUUAUGAUACACAAGAGCUCACAGAAGAAUGUAAAGCUGCUUUACAGCGAAUUUUUAAAAUAUGCGAUUUAGAUAACGAUGGACUCUUAAACGAUAUGGAGUUGAACGCUUUUCAGCAGUGGUGUUUCAACACACCGUUGCAGCCGCAAGUAUUAGAGGACGUGAAAGCUGUGCUGUCGAAAAAUAUUUGCGACGGUAUCUGUAACGGAUGUGUUACUAUGAAAGGUUUUAUGUACUUGCAAUGUUUGUUUAUACAACGCGGAAGGAACGAGACUACUUGGGCAGUAUUGAGGAAAUUCGGUUACGACAAUGAAUUGCAGAUGUCGAAGGAGUAUAUUCAUCCACCGCUGAAGGUACCGCUUGGUUGCACCAGUGAAUUAUCGCACAAAGGACAAGAAUUCCUGACGUUACUGUUCAUGCAGCACGAUCGCGAUCGUGACGGAGCUCUCUCGCCAAUAGAAAUGGAAUCAUUAUUCUCGCGAUGUCACGUUCCGCCAUGGGGCGAUGAGUACAAGUACACUGUCCCUACGAAUGAGAAGGGUUGGAUUACGUUCCAAGGGUACAUGUGCCAAUGGGCACUGCUAACACUGACAAACGUACGCAAAACUCUGGAAUACAUGGCGUACCUGGGCUACAAUAUGUACAAUAACGAGUGUCAAACGAGCGCUGUAGUUGUGACACGCGAGAAAAAAGUAGAUCUGGCCAAAAAGCAAUCCAGCAGGAACGUUUAUACCUGUCACGUGAUAGGCCCAAAGAGUAGCGGGAAAACUACGUUAUGUAGAACUUUUAUCGAUCCGAAACUCGAGAAAUUAAACGAUCACAUGGUACCGCCGAAUUCUCACAUCACCGUGAAUACGUUGCACGUAUAUGGGCAAGAGAAAACGAUAGUAUUGAAAGAUAUAAACGUGUUAAAUGUCCAGGACGCAUUAACUCCAGCGGAGAUACAGUGUGACGCAGCGGCUCUCGUCUACGACGCCAGUAAUCCAAAAUCGUUUGAGUAUAUAGCGCGUAUUUACAUCAAAUAUUUCGCCGAUAGUAAAAUCCCUGUUCUGAUAAUAGCGAAUAAAAGUGACCUUUCGGAAGUGAAACAGUGUUAUCUGUUGCAACCGGCUAGCUUCUGUAGCAGGUAUAAGCUGAUGCCACCACAACCGUACAGUGUCUCUCGCACAGUUCGACGUGAAAUCUUCGUCAAGCUAGCUACGAUGGCGGCUUUCCCGCAUAUAAACCAAUUCGGCCUAAUGCAAGGGGAUUCCAUGGUCUGGUGGAAAGCAGGAUUGGGAAUUGCGGUCGCUACUGUCGCCGGUUACGUGAUGAUGCGCGUGUUGAAUACGGAAAAAAGAUAGUCUACCACAUAUUCUCGUGCUACUUUUGCGUGUUAAACUGCCUCCCGUUGUCGAGUAAAGAAAGAGAAAGUCGUUUAUUAGAUAAUCGCGUUAAAUAGAUUGAAUAUGGCAUAUAUAAAUAAAUAUAUAUAUAUAUUCAUAUGUAAAUCACUAAUUUUCAAUAUGUGGCUAUUUUCAAUAGCUAAGCAUUUUAGAAAACUACCAUAAAAUUACGAAACCGUUUCUCGUGUAGAUGCGCUUAUUUUGCUUUCGUCAUAAUGCCAGAACUUUUUAUUUGCCGUUUACCCUUCCGAUGUAUGUACCUUCUUGUAUAAGAAGUAUUUUCACCUUCUGUAAUAAAUUAUUGUUUAAUGUAUUGUAAUAUAAAGUGAAGAGAAAAUAUGUUAUA